AUGGGUAUGUUGCUGAGUUUGGCGAUGAACUUGACGACGAGGUCGACGAGGAGGAUGAGAAUGAUGCUGUGGAUAGGAAAAAGGCUAGAAAAUAAGAUAAAUGCAUUAGGUUUAAUAAAAUAUAUGUGGCUGGCAUGUACUGAAAGUGAUUCUUUGAUGUGGUUUCUCCAUAAGAGUCCACUAAAAGAGUUGCCGCAUCAAAUGAUCAAUACAGAAUUUGCGCUUGAGACAUACUUCGGUAACCUAUGUUUACUGUUUAGUUUUUGCUCCUUAUCUUCAUUUCGUUUCUGUGUGGUUACUCUAAUGUGUGCUUCGCACGCAGGAUAUACAAGUACAAGCCUCAACUCCUGCAAGUCACCAACAACAAUAAUGGAAGCUUGGAGAAGAAUUGACAUUGACGCUUUGGAGCCUGAAAAUCACUUGUCCAAGCAAGACUUGGUGCCCGACUUACCUCCAACGUCUCACGAUGAAAUUGUUUCUCUCGCUCUGCAAAUAAGACAAACCUUGUCCAAGGGCCAAUUUUUGGCCGCUUUGCAAGCGGCUUUGGACAGUCCUCCUUACGUUGCUGAGGAGGCCACAAAAGAUUUGCACGCUGAAACAGUCUUUGAGGUUCUUGCAUCAAUUAAAAAUAACCAUAACAUCGGUGAGUUUUCCAAAUUCGUCAGCCAAUUGACUUCCGACGAGCAGGACACGUUGGUAAAGUACAUUUACAAGAUCAUGGCCACGCCUUAUGGCGCAAAGCAAGGUGGCUUGAUGUUGACUUGGUUUGAAAAAACCGUGGAUGUCACGGGAAUGGGCCCUGUGGUUCGCCAUUUCAGCGAUAGAAGAACGGUUUAA